AUGGUCGUCCUUACAAGAGCCAUCGUGAGCGACAGCAAUCCUGUCAAGCAGAAGUUUCAGCUCCCUGGCGAGAUAAGCUCGCUAGUAGUGGCACUACUCUCAUUGCCGAUCAUAGCAGUCUUCUUCUUCGACCGACUGCGAAGUUCAAAGAAACGAGGCACGACGAUUGCCUCGGUGACUUUGCUUCUCACUUACAUCACUUCGUUCCUGUUCAUAUUUAUCUUGACUGUCGUCAUACACAUUCGAGCAGAUAACAGUCUUGGACUCUGCGAUGCAACCAUCAUCACUUGUCUGACGUUAUAUGUCCUGUGCAAGUCAGCAGGCUUCCUCUUCCUGAUCGAGCGUGCAUACAUCAUUUCUUGGCCGACGAGUCCUCGGUGUAAGACACCAGAAUAUGUCUUGAGCUCGGUUUCCAUUAUCGUCCCUUACGCCGUCGUGGCCGGCAUUGCCAUGAAGAACCGGCUGGCCUACAGAACAGAAGGGCAAGUGUGCAUCAUUGGACUGAAAAUGUUCGCGCUCUUGGCCUUGACAUUGGUAGAAGUCUUGGCAUAUUUAUAUCUCACUUUGCGGUUCCUCGUGCCGCUGCUGAUGUUACAUUUCGGUUCUGAGGGAUUGCUUCUGCCUCUGAAGAGACUUGUCACGCGGACAUGCAUUGGCACGGCUAUAGCCAUGGUGUCAGUGCUGACGGUGAAGGUGUCGCUGACGAUGUUCGAUGGAGAACCGGCAUGGUUGUGUUGCCUGACGUGCAAGGUUGACGCCCUGAUCGGCUGCAGUGUGCUCCACUGGAUCACCAAACCCGAUCGUACAGAAGAGGGCGAGCAUGGCACACCGCAAGCGCUGGGCAUUGCAUUUGGCAACGAGUCUGGUACUACAGCGCGCCAGCAGGCGUAUGGCUCGCAUAGCCCGGGGUCGACUCCUCCCAAGCCGAAGAGCCCGUGUACUACUGAGGCCAUCGCCUGA